AUCUUAAUCAUUAAUCAACCUUAGUAGCUUCCAAAUACAUGAAUGUGAUAAUACAUACAAAACUAACCAUUUUCAGUCUUAUCCCAAGAUUCAAACAAGCCCACCAUUAAACUCAAUCACACACUUUUCAAACCCCUUUUUUUUGUUUUGGCUGAAUCAUCACACUAUGAUGUCCAAGUAUCUCAGCCUGCAAUACCAUCCCUACACUACAAAACCCACAAAAUCCUGCAUCAUCCCGUCUAUCUUAACUACAAGAUUGACCAUCCAUAAGAAGAGCUCCUUAAGCACCUUCUACGGAGGAUGUUCGGCUUCCUCAAUUCGUCCAAUGGCAUCGAUCGAACCGAUACGAAGUACUCAUUUAGAUGAAAAUGAGGCUGAUCCUGCACUUAUCAAUGAUGAUCUUAAGCCAACAACUCUAAGUCAACGGACUUUUUCUGGGUGGGAAAUGGCCAGUCUUUGGAUUGGGUUGGUUGUUGGUGUACCAGCAUAUUACCUUGCUGGUAGUCUUGCUGACCUUGGGAUGGCAUGGUGGCAAGGGAUAGCCACCGUGAUGGCGGCUAACCUUGUAUUGCUUGUCCCACUAAUACUCACCGGGGAGCCCGGGGCACGGUAUGGUAUCUCAUUCCCGGUGUUAGCAAGAUCGUCGUUUGGAAUCAGAGGUGCCCAUAUCCCGGCACUGCUACGAGCAUUAGUUGGGUGUGGAUGGUAUGGUAUUGAGACAUGGAUUGGUGGACAGGCAAUUUUCCUGUUAUUGCCACAUUCAAUUAAGCACUCUUCCUUGGCAAAUGUUUUACCUUGGUUAGGAACUUCUCCACUCGAAUUCUCUUGUUUCAUGGUAUUUUGGUUGGCUCAAUUGUCUAUAGUUUGGAAAGGAAUGGAAGGCAUUCGAGUGCUCGAAAAAUAUUCAGCUCCAAUCUUGAUUGUUUUAACAUCCUGCCUACUGAUCUGGGCAUAUGUUAAUGCUGGUGGAUUUGGCCACAUGCUGACUCUAACUUCCAAUCUUUCGAGUUCCCAGUUCUGGGCACUCUUUUUCCCUUCUCUUACGGCAAACAUUAGCUUCUGGGCAACUCUAGCACUCAACAUCCCUGAUUUUACAAGGUAUGCCAAAUCCCAAAAGGAUCAGAUCAUAGGUCAAGCUGGCUUGCCUAUCUUCAUGGGUGCUUUCACAUUUGUUGGGCUAGCCGUGACCUCUUCAACCAAAGUGAUCUUCGGCCGUGUGAUCUCAAACCCCAUCCAGCUCCUCGGAGAGAUUGGGGGAUUCACCACAAUUAUUUUGGCAAUUGUCGGAAUCAGCCUCGCCACCAUCACCACCAAUAUUGCUGCUAAUGUAGUUGCCCCUGCAAAUGCACUGGUUAAUCUCAGCCCAUCAAAGUUUACAUUUUGGAAAGGAGCUCUAUUAACAGCAUUGCUAGGCAUUGCCUUUCAACCAUGGAGAUUACUAAAAUCAAGUGAAAGUUUUGUAUAUACCUGGCUUGUAGGUUACUCGGCACUAAUGGGGCCAAUAGGGGGAAUAAUUUUGGCAGAUUACUAUAUCAUUCAGAAAAUGAAGCUUAAUAUUAAUGAUUUAUAUACAUUAAAAAAGGAAGGAUCCUACUAUUAUACAGGGGGUUAUAAUUUGGCAGCAAUGAUGGCUUUGACUGUAGGAAUUGUGCCAGUGAUGCCUGGUUUGUUGCAAAAACUCGGAAUUCUGAGUUCAGUCCCAAAUUUAUUCAUCACAAUAUACAACAAUGCUUGGUUCUUCAGUUUCUUUGCUGCAGGCAUCUUUUACUGGAUAAUACGAUCAUUAUUAUCAGGUAAAGAUAGUGAACCAAUUGAUCCGCUUUUGGCAGCACCAAAUUGAUUUACGAUGGAUCGUAUACACAGAAGAAGACUACUUUGAAAAGAUACCACAUAGCAUUGUAAGUUGCCUGUAUAAUUAUGUAUUUAUGUAAAUGAAGUUAUCACAUUAGUCCAGUGAACAGCUUUCUUAAGGCAAUUCUUCAAAUUUAAGUUUAAAAGUUUUCUCCUCUGUUCAUCUCCAUGUUUCUGCAACUGCCUACAAAAAUAAAUUUUAUUUCAAUUCGUCAU